AUGAGCGUCAACAGUGCCAUCGCGGCGUUGCCCGCCUACCAGUCCCUUGAUGCCUUUGUCAAGACCGGCACAAACGACAAAAAGAGACUGAAUGACACCGUCGACGAGUUCAAGGACCUGGCCAAGAAGUCCGAGUCAGAGAUUGAGGAUUUCCUCUGGGACACAUACAAUGCCAUCUUCGCCGUGGCCAAGCAGACCCCACCAGAGAAGCAGACCCCGCUCGUCGACUUCCUACAACGCCUGCGCGAGACCACCGUCACGGCUUCGGACGGCCAACCCCUGAAGCUGAGCAACCAGGUCGUGUGGAAGGAUCUUCCCACUUUUGGAUGGGUUGCCCGCGAUCUGUGGAAUUUUGACGCCUUUGACACAUCCGCAUCCGAGGAGGAAAAGGCCAGCUGGAUCAACCUCUCCGCCUUUGCCGCCCAAUUGACAUCCCGCGCCGACCUCACCAACUCCCAUGACCCUCUUGACUUCUCCCUCUUUGGCCUCUGGGCCCUGCGUACGGCCUUUGAAGAGGAGCAACCCGGCGACGGCGACAGCGCCGUCGCUGUCAGCAUAGCUUACCAGUGGAUCGACUACUCCGGCGACGCGCUCCGGGAGCUGAGCUCGAAGAACCGCGACUAUGAGGGCAAGUCGGGCAAGGCCGGGGCUAAGUUUGGUGAUCGGGAGUGGAAGGGCUUGAACGAGGAGAGGUGGAGCGCCUGGACCGGCGCCUUUGAGUCGGCGGCGCCUCAGAUUUCUGAUGCCAAGGUAAAGGGUCUCGCUGCGAAGGCUGCGGAAAAGAUGAAGAGCAGGUGA